CUGGCAGGAGCAAGAGGCCCCUGGAGUCACUGGCAGCACUUGGAGCAUCAACGGUAACGAUGACCCCCCUGCUUCUGCUGUGUGUGUCCUUGCCCCUCAUCUCUGCAACAAUAUUGUUUAAAGACCAUGAAGACAUGGAUGGCACGUUGCGUGUCAGCAUCCCUUUGGAGAUGCCUCUCCGUCCUCUCCUGGGCAGCAAGAUAGUGAUACCAUGCUACUUUCAAGACAACACAGUCAAUGACCCUGGAGCCCCAACCAUUGCCCCGCUGUCUCACCGCAUCAAAUGGACCUACGUCACCAAGGAGAAAGUCACCACGAUCCUUGUGGCAUCAAAGGGAAAAGUUAAUGUUGAGACAGAAUAUUUGGACAGAGUGACAAUGAUCAACUACCCACUGGUGCCCACUGAUGCCACUCUGGAGAUAACAGAGCUGAGGUCCAAAGAUUCUGGCACUUACCGCUGCGAGGUGAUAAACGGCAUCGAGGACAACUAUGACUCUGUGGACAUCCAGGUUCAGGGUAUUGUGUUCCAUUACCGAGCCAUCUCCACCCGCUACACCCUGACGUUUGAGAAGGCUAAGGCAGCCUGUAUCCAGAACGGUGCCACCAUCGCCACUCCAGCCCAGCUCCAGGCUGCUUAUGAUGAUGGAUACCACCAGUGUGAUGCUGGAUGGCUCUCUGAUCAGACUGUUAGGUACCCCAUCCAGGAGCCACGAGAGCGUUGCUAUGGAGAUAAGGAGACCUUCCCUGGCGUGAGAACCUAUGGCGUGAGAGAUGUCAACGAGACCUACGACGUGUACUGUUUUGCUGAGAAGAUGUCAGGCAGAGUCUUCUACUCCAUGUCUGUAGAGAAGUUUACCUUCUAUGAAGCAGGAGAUCAGUGUGUCAAACUUGGUGCCCGGCUUGCCUCAACCGGAGAGCUUUACCUGGCCUGGCAGGCUGGCAUGGAUGUGUGUAAUGCUGGCUGGCUGGCAGACAGAAGUGUACGCUACCCCAUCAAUAUCGCCAGGCCUCAGUGUGGAGGGGGGCUCCUGGGAGUGAGAACUGUCUACUUAUUCCCCAACCAGACGGGAUACCCCUACCCAGACUCUCGCUACGAUGCUAUCUGCUUCCAAGAUGGUGAGGAUGAUGGUGCCGUACCCGGGAGGACCACUCCUUUCCCAGACAUCAUCCGCUUAACACCCGCCCCUGCGCCGUACCCAGAACCCACCCGCUUCCCUGUGGAUGAGGAGAUCAUCGGUGGAGAAGUCGACACCCUCUUCCCACUGCCUGUCCCACCCAGCGUGACAGACACGUAUUCUAAAGUGACACCUGUGGUGCAAGAACCUGGACUCGAUCUGACAGACAUGGAUACUGCCAUGGCUCCCACAGGUGUGGUGUUCCACUACAGACCCAUCACCGGUCGGUACACUCUGACCUUUCUGGAAGCUAAGCAGGCCUGCAAGAAUAUUGGGGCGGUCAUUGCUAGCUCCCAGCAACUGCAGGCAGCCUUUGAGAAAGGCCUGCACCAAUGUGACGCUGGCUGGCUCCGCGAUCAGACUGUCAGGUAUCCCAUCGUGUCACCCAGAGAUAACUGUGCUGGUAAUCUGCCACACCUCCCAGGAGUCAGAUCCUAUGGCCUGAGGCCAGCAAGCGAACAUUACGAUGUAUUUUGUUACGUGGAACGUCUGCAAGGUGAGGUCUUCUUCACCAGUGACUAUGACAGCUUCUCCUACGAUGAGGCUGUGCAGCACUGUCAGAAACUCAACACCACCCUGGCCACCACUGGGCAGCUGUAUGCUGCCUGGAAGCAAGGUCUUGACAAGUGUCGUCCAGGCUGGUUGAUGGACCGCAGCGUCCGCUACCCCAUCACAACCCCCAGGUCCCAUUGUGGAGGUGGUCAGGUUGGGGUCCACAUCAUCUAUGCCUACCCCAACCAGACAGGGUUUCCUGAUGAGCACUCACGCUACGACGCCUACUGUUUUAAAGCUGAAAUUCCUGUUGUUCACGUUGAAACUGAAACCAGUGAGAAUCUGACGACAGUGACAGUGGAUGUGGAUGUUAUUAACAAGACAACAGUUACAAUUGAUCACUUUGCUCCCAUGGUAUACUACAAUGAAACUGAAACUGGGCUAAAUAUUACUGAAGUAGAGGAGCUUAUCAACAAGACAACCAUCACAACUCACGCUCCUACUGUGAGACCCAUUUUACCUCCAGUCUCCAAAUCCGGCUCUGGUUCAGCUGAUCAUUCAGCCACCUACAGUGCCAGUGGUGACGACUCUGGUUCAGGACCAAGCAUUAUCCUCAGCGGAGAUACUGACUUCUUCUCUGGAGAUCAGUCUGCCUCUGGAGCUCCGCAGGAGGCAGAAGGGGGAAGUGCUAUGAUUGACACAUCUGGAGAUGUUGGUAGUGCAUCUGGAUCUGGGGAGGGGCUUGACAGACAACACUCUGGCUUCAGUGCAAUGGGAUCAGGUUUUAUCAGUGGAAGUGGGGACAUCAGUGGUAGCAACAAAGUCUUCACGAUCAUCAUGGUGGAUGGGAAGAUGGUGGAGGUGCCGAAAAUUCACCAGAAACCCACUGAGCAGGAGUUAGGCCAGGGAGGCAUUGAUACCAGUGGGGCCAUCUUGGAAUCAAGCACGUCUGGAUCAGGAGAUUUGUCUGGGUCAGGCUCUGGUGAAAUUUCUGGCAUCUCAUCAGUCGACCACAGUGCCAUUGAUCUAACACCCCAGCCGUCUGGUGAGCAGGAGGUAUCUGGAUAUCGCAUCUUUGAAUCAGGGUUCCACAGUGGCUUUCCAAGUGGUUUUCCAUCUGGUGUCUCAGGCAGUGGCUCUGCCUCUGGGGACUCUUUCCAGCAUCACGGUGAUGUCAUUUACAUAACAGACACUGAUUUGAUGGAAGUGACCGUACCGCCACUGGCCCGCCACCCUCAGCAGGGCCGGGGGGUGGUGGAGAUAAGCGGGGAAGGAAGUGGGUCAGGGAGGCAUAAUGACUUCAGUGGCACUUUCUCAGGAAGUGGAGACCCUCAUGAAAAAACUACCACUGAGAAGCUUUCUGUCACCCUACCACCUGGAUCUCAGAUCACUUACACUGCUUACACCAGCCCACCCACAACACCAUCAGUGUCAUUAGCAACCCCUGCUGUUGUGGCGCAGCCUUUAGUGAAUGCCCCUGCGAACCCUUGUGAUCCAAACCCCUGCAGUUCAGGAUUCUGCUCUGUGCAGGGAGAUCUCGCUGUGUGUCAGUGUCCUAAUGGUUUCACUGGUGAAGACUGUUUGACACCUGGGCUGGGCUGUGCCGAAGGCUGGUUGGAGUUCAUGGGCAACUGUUAUCUCCACAUUACGAAGAGAGAUACCUGGUCUGAGGCUGAGCAACACUGUCAAGAGAAUAAAGCCCAUUUGGUCAGCAUCACUUCUGAGGAGGAGCAGAAGUUUGUCAACUCCAAUGGUCAGGACUACCAGUGGAUUGGACUUAAUGACAAAGAUGUGCAAAAUGAGUUCCGCUGGACAGACGGCAGUCCUAGGAUCUUUGAGAACUGGAGGCCCAACCAGCCAGAUAACUACUUCAACUCUGGGGAGGACUGUGUGGUGAUGAUCUGGCAAGAGGGCGGACAGUGGAAUGACGUGCCCUGCAACUACCACCUUCCGUUCACCUGCAAGACUGGACCUGUCAUGUGCGGAGCUCCCCCUGAGGUCAAACACGGCCGGCCGAUGGGCACUAGCAGAGAGCGCUACCCUGCAAACUCUAUAGUCCGCUACCAGUGUGAUGCAGGCUACACACAGCGCCACCGGCCUGUCGUACGCUGUCUGCCAGACGGACUGUGGGAGGAGCCACAAGUGGAAUGCACAGAAGUUGGCGCCAACAGUAACAGGCUACACAAAAGAUCCCUCUGGAAAAGAAGUAAAGAGUUCAGCAGCCAACAGGAACAGAGGAAGCUGCUCUGAGCAGGAAUGAAAGGACAUACAACAGAAAGCCACAAAGGACCCCUCUUGUAAAGAAGCAUGGACACCAAUGCAAAUGCCCGACCAAAAAGAUAGCAUUCCCUACCAUGUAUAUAUCCACACUAAAGCACAUUUAGACAGUAAUAGCGUAAUUGACUGAUGUUUUGGAUCUUUGAGUGUCAUUCUACACCUUCCAAAAGCAGUUUUCUAUGUAUUUAUACAGUCUUAAUUUAUAGCUGUGACCCAGAAGUAUUAUCUCAAUCCACAAGAUAACAUUUUCAGCAAUCAGUUGCCAGCACUGCACACACAGUAAGGUAGAUUCAAUUAAAUAGUGAUAUACGGGGCUUUAGAGUCACACAGUCCAAAACAGCCCAAUAAAAGUGUUUUCCAUAGCAGCUGGAUUCUCUGAAGCAAAACACAAUGUUACAUAGACUUUUGCUAUAUUUUUAGGGUAUUUUUCUAGAUCUGUGUUUCUUAGUGUUGUUUUUUUCUUUUAUUUGGACUACAAUUGUGUGCUUCAGACUGGUGAAACAAACUGUUUCUUACAUCAUAGACAAAGACAGUGAAUCUCAAACUUUUUUGUUGUGACCCAUUAAAGUACAGCUGUGAGCACAUGUUACCCUGCUUACUUACAACAUGGAGAAUGAUGAAGUUAGGUUUUAUUUCAUUAAAAUUAUCAGAGUAAGCACUAAGGCUUACAAAAAAUCAGUAUUGCAUAAAAGCGCAAAUCGGUGUGAAAGCAGGGGCAAAAGACAUGGCGAUACACUGGUGCAGUACAAAACCAUAACCAACCUUUCAAUACAACAAAUGAUGUUUUCACAACCUUGAGUUUGAGAACCACUGUGCGAUGACAUCACCAUGGUUAUCAGACAUACUGAAGUGAUUGUGCUUUUCCAUUUGAUGAUGAAUAGAAAUCCAAGUUUAAGAUGCGAUUAAAGUCAGUACAACACACCUGGAUUGAAAUAAUCAGCACUCAUGCACUUUUAGGAGUCUUCAGUCACUUCUGUGCUGAUCAUUUGAAUCCUGUGCACCUUAAAAAAAUCUUCAUCUGUAGCUGACACAUGGCAAGGAAACUAUACUGAGUAACAAGUGAGAUUUAGAGUAUGACACUGAAUUGGCUGGCUUCUUUGCAAAGAGAAGCCUCCAGGAAGAUGCAGAAGUCACCUCAUUGGGUCAUCUGUUGCAAAAGAUGUACACCCAGAUUUGCAGGUUGGGGUUUUAUAUUUGUAACUUGUCUAGAGGAAUCAAUGAGCUCUGUCUGAUGUGAGAAUUGUGCUUUUAAAAGAUUCAGUGUUUGCUGAAUGAGCUCCUCACUGUAAAUAUUCUCUCUACAAUUGUCUGAACAGCCGGAUCUGUCAAUAACUUACGAUGAGCAGACAAGUUACUUGUUUGAUUAACUCAUCAUCAACCUGUUUGUUUAUUUGUUAGUUUAAUUAACUGGUAAGUUGCAGUUGUGAGUUAUUUUUCAAGUGGGUGUGACUAAUUUUGACAGCCGGCUGAACAUAAGAAGACAGAAAUUGAUCUUUGCGGGGGUUUCUGUCUGUGCUUUGUGUGACAGGGUUUUAUCAACAGAAAUGUACUUCAUAAAAGUUGAGAAAGGACACAAUUUUAAGGAAAAGAGCUGUGAAAGCUGUAGAAAUGUAUUAACAAAAUAAUGAGAAAUAAGACGGAGGAGGUUAUAAUAUUUUGACCAUGACCUUUUAAGGUCAAGAUUUGCUUCAACUCUAAGAGUGGAUACUUGUGUCCAUAUCUGACUUCUCAUAUAACAAUUCACAAACACUGAAACAGCAACCACAUACACACGCAGUCAAAGGCUACUCUCAUGGGCUGUUGAAGAAAAUCAGUGAGCUAGAAAAAAGUGCUGGUCUGUAUCAGUGUUUGUGAUCUCUUGAUUCUUCAACAAACUAACGUAUCUUUUGGCAAAUAAACCAAAAUAUGUUGGAACAUAUUUGUGCACACAGAUGCUUCUGUUGUGACUUUGAAUCCUGAUGUGAACAUACAGUAUACUGUACUGUGCUGUGCCAAAUAAAACUUGGAAUCAUC